UACUUGGGGACGAAGAGUUCUCAAGAAACGACGUCGUAGCCUCGGAAAAGUUAACGAAACGAUGUCGCUUCUAAGCAAAAACCCAAAUUCCCAACCCCGUGACUGGAAGCUGAGGAAAUCAAGAAAAGAACAAACGCAAACUGGUCAAGGAAUUGAAACAAGAGCAGGCAAGCAGGGCAUCGAAGAAGAUCGACAAUGAGCGAAGAAGGACCCCCGAAGCUCUACACCAACAAACCCAAAAAAUUUGAAAGCGUCUGCGCCGAUUACAGCGUCGUCGUCGAAUGGAGCUUCGGCUGCUCCAGCGCCACCACCACCUCCGCCGCCGCCGCCGCCGCCAAAUCGUCCUGCUCAACCUCAAAAGGAGUCUUUUCUUCGCCGCUAUAGGUUCCUCUGGCCGCUUUUAUUGGCUGUCAAUUUCUCCAUUGGAGCACUUUGCAGCGUACGUUCUCAUAAGGACUAGACAAAGAGACACGGAUUCAUCAGAAUCGGAGAUACCCGAAUCCACCAGUUCUGCAACAUCAUCAUCAUCCUCUUCAGCAAUAGUCGAAGUAUCCGAUACUCCACCAAUCGUUAAGGAGACCAUACGGCGGGCCCCGAUUCCCGAGGAUCAACAGCGUGAGCUGUUCAAAUGGAUGUUAGAAGAGAAGAGGAAAGUGAAACCAAAAGACCCUGAAGAGAAAAAGCGCAUCGAUGAGGAGAAAGCCGUUCUCAAACAGUUCAUCCGAGCCAAAUCCAUCCCCAGCCUCUGAUUUUUCGAAUUUUUCGAAAAUCCAGUUCGAAUAAAUCGAAUUCGGUAUGUUUAUGCUUAUGUUUCCUCCCUUCUUCAGAAUGGAUUCUACAGUUUGGUUAACACAUUUGGGAUUUAAAAUAUUUUGUUUAUUAUUAUUUUUUAUGACGUCGGAAUUCGCAUCUGCUGCAGAAGUUUGAGAGUGUUUUGUUUUAUUGAGAAGAUUGCUUGUUGGUCACUA